GGGGAGGGGGCCGCGGGUUUUCAUGUACCCAGCAUGAGCUCCUACUUCGUCAACCCCCUGUUCUCCAAAUACAAAGGCGGCGAGUCCCUGGAACCGGCCUAUUACGACUGCCGGUUCCCUCAGAGUGUGGGCAGGAGCCAUGCGCUGGUGUACGGGCCCGGCGGCUCGGCGCCGGGCUUCCAGCACGCCUCGCACCACGUCCAAGACUUCUUCCACCACGGCACCUCCGGCAUCUCCAACUCGGGCUACCAGCAGAACCCGUGCUCGCUUAGCUGCCACGGAGACGCCUCCAAAUUCUAUGGCUACGAGGCGCUCCCCAGACAGUCCCUUUAUGGGGCUCAGCAAGAGGCGAGCGUGGUGCAAUAUCCCGACUGUAAAUCCUCCGCCAACACUAACAGUAGCGAAGGACAAGGCCACUUAAAUCAAAACUCGUCUCCCAGCCUCAUGUUUCCAUGGAUGAGACCCCACGCUCCGGGGCGGCGCAGCGGUCGGCAAACUUACAGCCGGUAUCAGACCUUGGAACUAGAAAAGGAGUUUCUCUUUAAUCCUUAUUUGACACGAAAGCGCCGGAUUGAAGUCUCUCACGCCCUGGGACUGACCGAGAGACAAGUGAAGAUCUGGUUCCAGAACCGAAGAAUGAAGUGGAAAAAGGAGAACAACAAGGAUAAACUGCCUGGGGCUCGAGAUGAGGAGAAGGUGGAGGAAGAAGGAAAUGAGGAAGAGGAGAAAGAGGAGGAGGAAAAGGAAGAAAACAAGGACUAAAAAAAAAAAAAAAGAAAAAGAAAAUUUCCCUCCUUUUAGCAACUCCCUUGAAGUUUCGUUUU